AUGAAAGGGCCAAUUAUCUUCGCUAUCUACUUCGUAACGUCCACUUGCUUGCCAGAUGAUACGGAGAAACGUACGACACCUAGCUUGGUGGGGUCUCGUAAAGGCUGUGAAUGUAAACCUCUCGUUUUUCCAAUGUUGAAAGAAUUCUGCUACUUCGAUUUUAUUUCAAAGAUGAAAGUUGUCUCGCAAGAAACAACAGAGUUGUAUCCUAAGUCUUCCGGACUAAACGAACUCUACAAUCCCAAACCCAUUAUAAAAGGUAUUCGAUACGAAGUUAAACAUUUAAAGGAGUUCAGAAAUGUGAACAACAACACGAGAAAUGUUGAGGAAGGGCUUUCCGAAUACAUCUUCAGUCCGAAGCCUGGUAACCCAUGCGCUUUGGAGCUCAUAGUAAACGAAGUCUACACACUUGGAGGUUUCAUUCCAAAAGGUCAGCGGCUUCGAGCAAAUUUGUGUGGGUUGCUCCAGUGGAAAGAUAAAGAAAAGUAUCUGGCAUAUUACGGUAAUGACCAGUGCCGCGAUGAAGAUCAGAGACGCAAUGUUUUUCGCAAGCAAAGAACUCACUAG